GGGAAAUGGCGGGCGUCAGGGCUUGGUCCUCACCUGCCGUUUCCCUCCGAUCUUCAUGAAUAUUCCUUCAGUGGUUCCACCGCGUCCUCUGGUGUCGGCGGUCACUGGAGGCUUCAGCCCACUCGCGGGAGCGCCUCGCACGGACUCACGGAGCAUUCACAGGGACAGACAAAUAAUGCAGCUGUAGCCCCUUUGAAGGCCAGACUCGCCUGUUUGCAAUCAGCUUCUCGGGUUGCAACCUUAACCACCCAUCCCGUAGCCCACGCCCCAGCCAGGUGGCCACCCACAGAGGGCUCUGUGAAUAUGGCCAAGGAACAGCAUGGGACCUGGUUUGGCUUUGGUUUCUGCGGCUUUGGUCAAGUGCUGGGCUCUGGGGAUGGGCGCCCUUCGGUGCACAGUCCCGAACCACUGGGUGCCAGUGAGGACGUUUGCCGAGUGAGUGCUAGCUGGAGCUACACCGCCCUGGUGACCAGUGGAGGCCGGGUGGAACUGUCAGGCUCUGUGAACAGCUCAGCAGAUGGCUGCCGGGAUGCGUGGGCUUCCGAGGGACUCCUGGUGGUGGUGUGUGACAAAGACGGGUCCUGCACAGAGCUGCGGGCCUGGGCGCCAGGCUCGGCACUGCAGGGGGAGCCCCUCUGGGUUCAGAACCUGGUUUCUGGGGCAGAGGACCUAGGGGAAGAUGAACCCAGCAGCGAGACUAGGACGGGUACCCUACCGCUGCUGCCCAGUGCCCAUGCCUACGUGAACCCGCAGCCCCCCUUCUGCCAGCCUUUGGCCCCAGAGCUGCGCGUGCGCCAGCUGGAGCUGGGUGCCGAGCAUGUGCUGAUGCUGUGUGAAGCCGGUCAGGUGUUCUCCUGGGGUGGAGGCAGGCACGGACAGUUGGGCCACGGGACGCUGGAGGCGGAGCUGGAGCCAAGGCUAUUGGAAGCCCUGCAAGGCCUCCGGAUGGCUGAGGUGGCUGCGGGUGGCUGGCACUCUGUGUGUGUGAGUGAAACUGGAGAUAUUUAUAUCUGGGGCUGGAAUGAGUCAGGGCAGCUGGCCCUGCCCAUAAGGAGCCCUACAGAGGACAGGAAGAGCGUGAGUGGAGCAGCCACAGAAUUGAAUGAAGAUUGUCUCAAAGAAGAGGAAGCAGCUAUGACUGAUGUUGGGGCUCCUGCCCCCUUCAUAGCCAUCCAGCCCUUCCCAGCUCUACUGGAUCUUCCCAUGGGCUCAGAUGCAGUCAAGGCCAGCUGCGGAUCCCGACACACAGCCGUGGUGACACGAACAGGAGAACUCUAUACCUGGGGCUGGGGUAAAUAUGGACAGCUUGGCCACAAGGACAGCAGCAGCUUGGACCGACCCUGCCGUGUGGAAUACUUCGCUGAAAAACAACUCCAAGUAAGAGCUGUCACCUGUGGACCCUGGAACACUUAUGUAUAUGCAGUGGAGAGAGAAGAAAUCUGACAUAUGUCAUGUGAAUCCCCAGGUUGCUAAUGGAGCCUAGGCCACCCACACUCUACCAUGAUCAAGGCAGGAAAGGGAUUCUCAGCCUCCGGGUCACUGUCCUGACUGAAUAUCCUGGACGCCCUUGGGAAGAUACCCACGCUGCCAACUGUGUGCUCCCCAGAGACUGGUAGAUAUCGAAAGGUGAAUUACCGAAAACUCAGAAUAGGUGCUGGCAACAGAUUUAAUGCUGCAGUUGUGCUGGAGGGGGGUCGAGCCAGAGUACCCACCGCUCAGGAUGCUGCCAUUGAGCUCCAUGUUCUCCUUGUUGGCCCUGAGCUGGGCAGCUCUAGGUGUUUUCUUUCCAGAACACAUAGAAGUGGCCACUGCCUGCAGAGAAGAAAGAUAUCCAUGUUAUCCAUCACCCUAGAAUGAAUGUGCUCACAAAACCGCUGAUGCCACAUUUAUUACUCAUGUCUGUAACCCUAUGCUUCCGUUUAAAAUGGUGCAGUUAACUCAGACGUGGUGUUGCACAUCUUUAAUCCCAACAGAAGCAGGUGGUUCUGAGAUCCUUAGUGAGUUCGACGACAGCCAGAGCUACAUGGAGAGACCUUAUC